UUUCUGCCCUAAUUCUCCAUCAUGGACUUCAAAAAGGAGAAGCAAGUCAGGUUUUACAACGGAGAAAUUGGGAAAUCGAACUUCGAACAUUCAUGGCAAAUUCCCGGAAAGCAAUUUCCUGAACACAAAUUGUCAUCAGCUCCAUUGUUGAUGAAUGGUGUUAAAGGUAGAGCAAUGCCAAUUUCUAGUCAUAUGGGUAUUAAAUUUGGGAAAUCCAGAGUUCAUCCAGAAGAAAAUAAUGAUUCAAAGGGCAGAAGGAUUCUGGAUCCUGGAAGUGAAGUUAUCUUGCAAUGGAACAGGAUUUUUCUUUUCUCUUGUUUAGUGGCACUUUUUGUGGAUCCCUUAUUCUUUUACCUUCCUUCUGUACAGAAGGAGGAUGGUUCUUCUUGUAUGAUGUCUGACUUGAAUUUGGGGAUUGUGGUUACUUGUUUACGCACAAUUGCGGAUAUAUUUUAUAUGUUACAUAUAGCUAUUAAGUUCAGGACAGCCUACAUUUCGCCAAGUUCUAGGGUGUUAGGCAGAGGUGAACUUGUUAUGGAUCCUGAGAAGAUCGCCUGGAGGUAUUUGAAGUCAGAUUUCUUUAUUGAUCUUGUUGCAACAUUGCCUCUUCCACAGAUUGUGAUAUGGUUCAUUAUACCGGCAAUUAGAACUCCCAAUGCUGAUCACACCACCAAUGCGCUUGUUCUGAUUGUCCUCCUUCAGUAUGUUCCCAGAUUCUAUUUGAUUUUUCCUUUGAGCUCUCAAAUCAUCAAAGCUACAGGAGUUGUUACCAAGACCGCUUGGGCUGGGGCUGCAUAUAAUCUUGUGUUAUACAUGUUAGCUAGUCAUGUUUUAGGGGCAUCAUGGUACUUGUUGUCAUUUGAACGGCAUGCAACAUGUUGGAAAUCUACUUGCCGAAGUGAUGUUGAUCCAAUGAUUUGUUCACUUCGUUAUUUGGAUUGUGGUUCUACAGACAACGAUGACCGAAAGCAAUGGGCCAAUGGGACAAAUCUUUUUGGUAUUUGUGAUCCUGACAACAAUACAAGUUUCAAGUAUGGGAUAUUUGGAGACGCUGUUGCAAAAGGUGUCGUGUCCUCCAACUUCUUUGAAAAGUACUUCUACUGCUUGUGGUGGGGACUACAAAACUUGAGUUCAUAUGGACAGAAUUUGUCCACAAGCACGUUUAUUGGAGAAACAUCAUUUGCCAUACUCAUUGCCAUCAUGGGACUUGUAUUAUUUGCCCAUUUAAUUGGAAAUAUGCAGACCUACCUGCAAUCUAUUACUGUAAGGCUCGAGGAAUGGAGGCUUAGGCGGCGAGAUACUGAAGAAUGGAUGAGACAUCGACAACUGCCUAGCGACUUACAAGAACGUGUACGGAAGUUCGUUCAGUACAAAUGGCUUGCAACUCGCGGAGUUGAUGAAGAAUCUAUUUUGCAUGCUUUGCCUACUGAUCUACGUCGAGACAUCCAACGCCACUUGUGUCUUGAUCUCGUUCGACGGGUCCCCUUUUUCUCUCAAAUGGAUGAUCAACUACUUGACGCUAUAUGCGAGCGUUUGGUGUCAUCUCUAAGUACCCAAGGCACGUACAUUGUGCGGGAAGGCGAUCCCGUCUCCGAGAUGCUUUUUAUCAUCCGCGGAAGACUCGAUAGCUCAACGACCAACGGAGGUCGAACAGGUUUCUUCAACUCGAUUACUUUGCGGCCCGGUGACUUUUGUGGCGAAGAGUUGCUCGCAUGGGCCUUACUACCGAAAUCCACCCUCAACCUUCCGUCUUCCACGAGAACUGUGAGAGCCUUAAACGAAGUCGAAGCUUUUGCGUUACGUGCCGAAGAUCUCAAAUUCGUCGCUAAUCAAUUCCGACGUUUACACAGCAAGAAACUGCAACACACGUUCCGUUUCUACUCAUAUCACUGGCGGACAUGGGCCGCAUGUUUCAUUCAGGCGGCUUGGCGGCGGAUCAAGAAACGGAGAAUGGCGUGGAACCUUAGCAUGAGCGAAUCAUCAUAUCGACCCGAUGACGACGAUGAUGAACAAGGUCAUGAAACCGAACUUUCCGAGGAGGCCGCAUCGUACAAUCCGAACUCGGCCAUGCAAAAUCUCAACGUGACGAUUUUAGCUUCGAGAUUUGCGGCAAACACGAGGAGAGGAAUACUGAAGACGAAGGAUGUCGAAUUGAUCAAGCUACAGAAGCCCGAAGAACCCGACUACUCUGCCGAUCCCGAUGACGAUUAGUUUAAGUUAUACGACAUACGAUAUGGGUGAUUAAUACAUGAAACUUGUGUAGUUAGUGGUACACUGGUACGCUUGAAAUACUAUUACACUGUGUUUAUAUGUAUUACUAAACGUUCGUGUAAACAUGAUCAGAAGUUACGUUAUGAUUAAACAUUUACGGUUGCGAAA